AUGCCCGCGGGCCCGGCCGGGGCCGAGCGGCGGCAGCCGGAGCAGGGGAAGCGGCUGCAGCGGCGGAGACGAGCGGGCACCUGCCCGGCGCUGAGGAUGGAGCGUGUGCGGGGAGCUGGGGCCGUACUGGUGGUGCUGGGAGCUCCCCCGGCUGGGAGCGAGGAGCUCUCGUGGAUGUUCCAGGAGUUCUCUACCAGCGAGUGUUACUUCAUCAACGGCACAGAGCAGGUGAGGUUCAUGGAGAGAUUCAUCUACAACCGGCAGCAGUACGCCCACUUUGACAGCGAUGUGGGGGGGGUCUUUGUGGGGGACACCCCGUAUGGGGAGAAGACGGCCAGGUACUGGAACAGCCAGCAGGACGUGCUUGAGGACAGACAGGCUGUGGUGGACUGGUUGUGCCGGAAAAGCUACGAAGUGUCCACCCCGUUUUUGGUGAACCGCAGAGUGCCCCCCAGCGUGUCCAUCUCGCUGGUGCCGUCGAGCUCCCAGCAGCCCCAGCCCCUGCUCUGCUCCGUGAUGGAUUUCUACCCUGCCCUGCAGGUGAGGUGGUUCCAGGAUGGGCAGGAGCUGCCGGAGCACGUGGUGGCCACCGACGUGGUCCCCAACGGGGACUGGACCUACCAGGUGCUGGUGAUGCUGGAAAUCCCCCCCCGGCGCGGGGUCACCUACACCUGCCAGGUGGAGC